AUGUGUACCAAGAAGCUCGAAAUUGUUCCAGUCGCUGCGCACGAGUACUCCGACGGCCGGGCUUGGCAUCCUGUCCCGAAACGGCACCUCCAACCGGGAAGGGCGAAUGAGAAGGCAGAACAGCUCUGCGCCAACAACCCCGGCAUUUUAGAGAGGGGAACCGUGCAGCAGGCAUAUGAUUUAACCUCACGUUCGAACGUUCCAAGGGGAUUGAAAGAGGAGAUCAAGAGAGGAUAG